CAGAAGGAGGCCUCAUUGUCCCAUCCUUACUGAAGUCAGCCGGGUAUCCACUGGGGGCCUGGGGACAAAGUGUGGUGUGGCCGAGGAAAGGGACUGGAGGAGCACCCACAGGAAGGAGUGGGCGGGUGGACUCCAUGCUAAAUGAAAGGGCACAGAAGAAAGAACAAGGGCUCUCUCCAAGGCAGCAAGCAGAGAAGCCGCUGCCUUUCUGCCAGUAGCACCUGACCACCCAGUCCCUUUGGGGAACCAGCUACCAGACCAGUUCGGUAUCCAGGGAGCUGUCCUCAGCAGUACCACCAUGUCCCGGCCCAGCAGCAGAGCCAUUUACUUGCACCGGAAAGAAUAUUCCCAGAGGCUGACCUCAGAGCCCACCCUUCUGCAGCACAGGGUGGAGCACCUCAUGACAUGUAAGCUGGGAACACAGAGAAUCCAAGAGCCCAAGGAUGUCCUGCAGAAGCUUCAGGAGAUGGAUGCACAGGGCCGGGUGUGGAGCCAAGACUUGAUCCUGCAAGUCAAAGAUGGCUGGCUCCAGCUGCUGGACAUUGAGACCAAGGAGGAGCUGGACUCUUACCGCCUGGAUAACAUCAAGGCCAUGGACGUGGCUCUCAACACUUGCUCCUACAACUCUGUCCUGUCCAUCACUGUACAGGAGUCUGGACUUCCAGGCACCAGCACUCUGCUCUUCCAGUGCCAGGAAGUAGAGGCACAGCGGCUGAAGACCAGCCUGCAGAAGGCCCUGGAGGAGGAGCUGGAAGAAAGCAGACCUCGAUUUGGAAGCCUUUACACCGGCCAGGAGAAAUGGAAGGGGCCUCCUCUGGAAAGGCCACUCCCUAAGGAGCAUGUGCCUCCCCCAGAGCGGGGGUCCCCUCCAGAGCAGCUCCACCGAGUGACCCCAGAGCACACUAUCCCACCAUCCCCGAAGCCUCUGCCGCACUACCCCACUGCCCACGACCCAAGUGCCUUUGCUCUGUCUCCUCGAGGGCGGUCACCAUCACCUGAGCAACCAGGGAGGGACGAGGAGGUGCUGAACCACGUCCUAAGGGACAUCGAGCAAUUCGCAGGAAGGCUGAAGGAAGCUCAGGCAAAGACCAGCCGUAAGAAGAAGAAGAAACUUGGAAAAAAGAAGAACAAAGCUCAGGGGGGAAUAACACAGGACCAAUACAUUGACUGCUUCCAGAAGAUCAAGUACAGCUUCAACCUCCUGGGGAAGCUGGCCCUCAGGCUUACGGAUACAAAUGCCCCUGAGUUUGUGCAUAUUCUCUUCCAAACGCUGGACUUCAUCCUGACCCAGUGCCCUGAGGAUGGACUUGCAGCUCAAGUGAUCUCUCCCCUCCUCACCCCCAAAGCCAUUGGCCUGCUGCAGUCAUGUCUAAAUCCAUCUGAGAGCAACCUCUGGAAGGGGCUGGGAACAGCCUGGACCACCAGCCUGGCCGACUGGACAGGUGAGGAGCCCCCACCCUACCACCCCACAUUCUCUGAUGGCUGGCAGCCUCCAGAGUCCUCUUUCCAGGCACCCAUAAGACACCAGGACUCCGAUUCCUUCCGCCAUCCUGGAUUAAAUAGCUCCCCACACUUUGCUGAGGACGAAAUAUACAACCAUGGCCGCCAUCCCGAGGACCCCAACCACCGCUCCUCCAGCCCCAGACCAGGAAAGCCAACUCUGAAAAUGCAAGUCCUAUAUGAGUUUGAGGCGAGGAACCCGCAGGAACUGACUGUGGUCCAGGGAGAGGUGCUGGAGGUUCUGGACCAGAGCAAGCGGUGGUGGCUGGUGAAGAAUGAGGGGGGACAGAGCGGCUACAUUCCCAGCAAUAUCCUGGAACCUCUGCAGUCCGGGGCCCCUGGGAACCAGGGCCAGUCAUCCCAUCGGGCGCCAAUGCUUCGACUUAGCUCAAGACCUGAGGAGGUCACAGCCUGGCUACAGGCAGAGAACUUCUCCACUGUUGAAGACCCUCGGGUCCAUGAUGGGAAGCCAGCUACUUCGCAUGAGACCUGGGGAGCUGCAGAUGCUGUGUCCCCAGGAGGCCCCACGGAUCAUGGCCCGGCUGGAGGCUGUCAGAAGGAUGCUGGGGAUAAGCCAUUAAGACACUUGCUGAGAAACCUCCAAGACCAAGGACUUCACCUUACAGGAUGGAAUACUGGAUCCACUUUUGAACCUGAGAACUCCAACCUCCCAGUUUACAGCAAACCACACAUCCCAGCUCUCUCCGCAACAGGGUGAACAGGCCCUAGUGCCGCAGCAACUGGUACCCUUCCUGUGCUGUUAGGAAUGCUUCCCAAUUUCUACCUAUUUAUUUUCCCUCUUUCCUAAACCCGGCACACUUAUGUCUAGGCUUGUCG